AUGGAGAGCAGCGCUGGUCUCCCUGAAGAUCUCUCCGAUUCUACUCAGCGUCCUGACUCCGACUCCGAGCAGCGAGUUUACUUCGUUCCUUACAGUUGGUGGAGGGAUGCGCAAGAUUCAGUUGUGGGCGAUUCGGAUUCAGAUAGGGGCAAGAAAGGGAUUUUGUGUGUGGCGUCCCCGGCCGCUUCGGCUUAUGGUGGCCCUAUGAAGAUCAUCAACAACAUUUUCAACUCAGAUCUUGUCUUCAAUCUCCGGAGAGAGGAUGAUGCUGCUCAGAAUGGCGAAAAUGGUGAGGUGGGUGUUUCGGGACGGGACUAUGCGUUGGUCCCCGGAGAAAUGUGGGUUCAGGCCCUUAGAUGGCAUAGUGACCCUAAAGCUGCAGUUAAGGAUGGUAGGAGUUUUUCGGCUGCAGAAGAUGACAAGACUGAUGUCUAUCCCCUACAACUCAGGCUUUCUGUUCCACGAGAAGCAAAUUUGUUGGGAGUAAGAAUAACCAAAAAGGAUAAUGCAGUGGAGUCCUUCAAAAGAGCAUGCAAAAUCUUCAGUUUGGAGUCUGACAUGUUACGCAUCUGGGACUUUUCCGGCCAGACUAACUUAUUUUUUACUAAUGACAAAAGCAAGUUCCCAAGAGACUUGCAACGGCAGUCAGAUGAGAUCCUACUGGAGUUGCAAGUUUAUGGAUUGUCAGAUUCAAUCAAGUGCAGGGAAGGGAAAAAAGAUGAGAUGGCCAUGCAACAUUCUACAACUGGAAAUUCUUGUGGUGCUUCAGUUAUGAUGAAUGGUUCUGCUGGCAGUACACAUUCAAACUUCAUUCGUUCAUUCUGGGGAACCUCUUGCGAAGCUGGCUCUUUAGGGUUGACAGGAUUGCAAAACCUCGGAAAUACUUGUUUCAUGAAUAGCUCCAUCCAGUGCUUAGCCCAUACACCAAAGCUUGUUGACUAUUUUCUUGGAGAUUAUGCUAGAGAAAUAAAUAAGGAAAACCCAUUGGGCAUGGAUGGGGAGAUUGCUUUAGCAUUUGGAGAUCUGUUAAGGAAGUUAUGGGCUCCUGGAGCAACUCCUGUGGCUCCAAGGACCUUUAAAUCAAAACUUGCUCGCUUUGCUCCUCAGUUUAAUGGCUUCAAUCAACAUGAUUCACAAGAACUCCUGGCGUUUUUGUUGGAUGGACUUCAUGAAGAUCUUAAUCGUGUAAAAUGCAAGCCUUAUGUAGAAGUCAAGGAUGGUGAUGAUCGACCAGAUGAAGAGGUAGCAGAUGAAUAUUGGCGAAAUCAUUUAGCCCGCAAUGACUCUAUCAUUGUUGAUGUGUGCCAAGGUCAAUAUAAAUCAACUUUAGUUUGUCCUGUUUGCCAAAAGGUCUCUGUUACAUUUGAUCCGUUUAUGUACCUGUCACUACCAUUACCUUCGACAAUGAUGCGGACCAUGACUUUAACAGUUAUCAACACUGAUGGAAUUUCGAAGCCAUCUGAACAUACCAUUAAUGUGCCCAAGCAUGGAAAGUUUGAAGAUCUCAUCCGGGGUCUGGGUGUUGCAUGCUCACUUGGGGUUGAUGAAACCUUUUUAGUGGCCGAGAUAUACAAUAAUCGCAUUAUACGCUAUCUUGAAGAGCCCGCUGAUGCGUUAUCCUUAAUUAGAGAUGGUGACCAGCUGGUUGCUUAUCGGUUUAUGAAAAAUGUUGAGGAAGUACCUCUGGUUGUCUUCAUGCAUCAGCAAAUGGAGCAGGACAUGCAUGGGAAAUUGAGUUCAAGCUGGAAGCCGUUUGGAAUUCCUCUUGUAUCAAGACUCUGUAGUUCUGCAACUGGAUCUGAUAUCUGCAAUCAGUACUUAAAAUUAGUUAAACCAUUUGAAAUACCUGGAAAAGAUUCCGAAGCACAUGUUCAUAAUUCACAGGGCACCGCUCCUAUAGAAGUCACUGAAUCAGAGGAAACCGCACCUCCUGUUUCAGGUGGGGAUGUGAACCUCUGUUAUGAAAUUGGGGCUGAGUCACUGUUGGAUUGUGAAUUUCAGUUUUACAUUACAGAUGAAAAAGGAAUUCAAAAGGAGAAAAAAAUAGUAAUGAAUGAGAUAGUUGAGAGGAAAAUGCCCGAGCAUUUAUAUGUUGCUGUAUGUUGGCCAGAAAAAUAUGUCGAGCAGUAUGAUACUCGCGUUCUGAGCUCAUUGCCAUUGGUUUUCAAGCCUGGCCUUUUUUCAAAAAAGCCUCAGGAGACUGUUUCUCUCUAUAAGUGCCUUGAAGCAUUCUUGAAGGAGGAGCCUCUUGGGCCAGAAGACAUGUGGUAUUGUCCUGGCUGCAAAAAGCAUUGCCAAGCGAGUAAGAAGUUGGAUCUUUGGAGACUGCCUGAGAUCUUAGUCAUUCAUUUAAAGCGGUUCUCAUAUAGUCGAUUCUUCAAGAACAAGCUAGAGACAUAUGUUGACUUCCCUGUUGAUAAUCUUGAUUUGUCAACAUACAUUGCUUACACGACGGGUGAAUUAAGCAAUCGUUACAUGCUGUAUGCAGUUAGUAAUCACUUUGGAAGCAUGGGUGGCGGUCAUUAUACUGCAUUUGUCCAUCAUGGGGGCGAUCGGUGGUAUGACUUUGAUGAUAGUCAUGUUAGCCCUGUGAGCCAGGACAAGAUAAAGUCUGCUGCUGCGUAUGUUCUUUUCUAUAGGAGAGUAGUAGAAGUGUGACCCUCGAGUAGAUAUGCAUCUUUGAGUUCUCAUACGGGGUUCGACAUCACGGUGAAUAUAUAUACUGUAGGUAUAUAUACAUAUCACAUCAGUCCUAGGACUAGAUAUCCACAAAAGCUGUCAUUCUUUUGCCUUUGGCAUUGAUGGUUCAGAGUGAGAGUUUCAGUCAUGGAUGUUAUAGAGGGAAGACAGUACUUGGAGAAAGUGCUGAAGAUGAUUGUAACAUACUAACAAAUGAAGAGAUGACAACGAUAGUGAGAUACUGUAUACAGUGAUAACCAUUUAUGAAGACUAAACAGAAGUCUACUAGCUGGAUUAGAAUUAUUUCUGAAGGACCCUGCUUCUUAAUCUCCAUUAGUUUUAGUUUUCUGUUUUAAUAGCUGAUGGCUGGUUGUGAAUUAAUCUGAUAGGAGAUUAAGUUGUAUUAGCAUUCACUUUUGAACUCUGAGUUGUAUUUUUACUUCGGAGUUUGGCUUCAGUCUUCUCAGCCCUCACAAUGUUGGCUUCUGG